CGCGUGCUUGGGGGGGGCGGGCUACAGGCCUGGCAUCCCGGUAGCCGCAGCUGUCUUUUCCGGCAUCCGCGCCUCGUCUUCCCGUAGACGAUCCCCGGCUGCCGGGGAUCACCCCCGGGCGGCUGCCUCCUCCGGGCUGUGGAGGGGUGUGUUUGGGUUGGGAAGAGUUUACGGAGCGCCUCGUGUGGAUGGGAGGAAUCCAGUGAGGCUGAGAGGAGCUGGCUUGAGGUCUCCUGACCCAUUUGUGGCUUCUUCUGCCUGCUCUCAGCCAUGGCCAGCGAGAACUCUCCUCUGCUGGCCUACCGGCUCUUGGGUGACGAGGGGUUUACCGCCCCUGCCAUUGGGGCUGGGGGUCCAGGAGCAGCAUCUGCCCGGAAGCUCUCCACCUUUCUGGGUGUGGUGGUGCCCACAGUCCUGUCCAUGUUCAGUAUAGUUGUCUUCUUGAGGAUUGGGUUCGUGGUGGGCCAUGCUGGGCUGCUGCAGGCUUUAGCCAUGCUCCUGGUCGCCUACUUCAUCCUGGCGCUCACUGUCCUCUCUGUCUGUGCCAUCGCCACCAAUGGAGCGGUGCGGGGGGGCGGAGCCUACUUCAUGAUCAGCCGGACUCUGGGACCUGAGGUUGGAGGCAGCAUCGGCCUCAUGUUUUACCUGGCUAACGUGUGUGGCUGUGCUGUCUCCCUGCUGGGGCUGGUGGAGGCCAUGCUUGACACCUUUGGGACUGAUUCCACAGGGUCCAGUGAGCUCCGGGUUCUGCCCCAGGGCUAUGGCUGGAGCUUACUCUAUGGCUCACUGCUGCUGGGCCUCGUGGGUGGGGUCUGCACACUGGGGGCUGGCCUCUAUGCCCGCGCCUCCUUCCUCACAUUCCUGCUGGUCUCUGGUUCCCUGUUCUCGGUGCUGGUCAGCUUUGUGGCUGUGCGGCCCAGGGACAUCCUCUUGGCCCCUCAGCCUGGACCCAAUGGCUCCUCCCUGCCACCCCACGUCGGCCACUUCACUGGCUUCAACAGCAGCACCCUGAAGGCCAACUUGGGUGCUGGCUACGCCAAGGACUACACCACGGGGGCCAUGAUGACCUUUGCCAGCGUCUUUGCUGUCCUUUUUAAUGGCUGCACAGGCAUCAUGGCCGGGGCCAAUAUGUCAGGGGAGCUGAAGGACCCCAGCCGAGCAAUUCCUCUUGGCACCAUUGUUGCUGUCGCCUACACCUUCUUCAUCUAUACCCUGCUUUUCUUCCUCUCUAGCUUCACUUGUGACAGGACCCUGCUGCAGGAAUACUAUGGGUUCUUUGGUGCCAUCAGCCUUUGGUCCCCACUGGUGUUGAUCGGUGUUUACGCCACGUCACUCUCAGCCUCCAUGAGCUCCCUCAUUGGUGCUUCCCGCAUCCUCCAUGCCCUGGCCCAGGACGACCUCUUUGGAGUGAUCUUGGCUCCAGCCAAGGUUGUGACCCGAGGGGGGAACCCCUGGGGAGCUGUGCUCUAUUCCUGGGGCCUAGUGCAGCUGGUGCUCUUGGCUGGGAAGCUGAACACACUGGCUGCCGUGGUCACCGUCUUCUACCUGGUGGCAUAUGCUGCAGUGGACCUGUCAUGCCUGAGCCUCGAAUGGGCUUCAGCCCCGAACUUCCGCCCCACCUUCAGCCUGUUCUCCUGGCACACCUGCUUGCUGGGGGUCGCCUCCUGCCUGCUCAUGAUGUUUCUCAUCAGCCCUGGGGCCGCUGGUGGCUCCUUGCUUCUCAUGGGCCUGCUUUGUGCCCUCCUCACAGCUCGUGGGGGCCCCAGUAGCUGGGGCUACGUCAGCCAGGCCUUGCUUUUCCACCAGGUGCGCAAAUACCUGCUCCGGCUGGAUGUCCGGAAGGAGCACGUGAAGUUCUGGCGGCCUCAGCUGCUGCUCCUGGUGGGGAACCCCCGGGGUGCCCUGCCUCUGUUGCGGCUGGCUAACCAGCUCAAGAAGGGGGGCCUCUAUGUGCUGGGCCAUGUCACCCUGGGAGACCUCGACUGCCUGCCCUCGGACCCCGUGCAGCCCCAGUAUGGAGCGUGGCUGAGCCUGGUGGACAGAGCCCAAGUGAAGGCCUUCGUGGACCUCACCCUCUCACCCUCCGUGCGCCAGGGGGCUCAGCAUCUGCUGCAGAUCUCAGGCCUUGGUGGCAUGAAGCCCAACACGUUGGUCCUGGGUUUCUACGAUGAUGCCACACCCCAGGACCACUUCCUGACAGACCCUGCUUUCUCUGAGUCUGCUGAUGGCACCCAGGAGGGUGGGUCCCCAGCUCUGAGCACCCUGUUCCCUCCACCCCGGGCUCCUGGCAGUCCCCGGGCUCUCAGUCCCCAGGACUACGUGGCCACAGUGGCAGAUGCCCUCAAGAUGAACAAGAAUGUGGUUCUGGCUCGGGCCUGCGGGGCCCUGCCCCCUGAGCGGUUGAGCCGGGGUUCUGGGGGCACCUCUCAGCCACAUCACGUAGACGUGUGGCCCCUCAACCUCCUGCGGCCCCGGGGUGGGCCCGGCUAUGUGGAUGUCUGUGGCCUUUUCCUGCUGCAGAUGGCAACCAUCUUGGGCAUGGUGCCUGCUUGGCACAGUGCCCGGCUCCGGAUCUUCUUGUGCCUGGGGCCUCGAGAGGCUCCUGGGGCAGCUGAGGGGCGGCUCCGGGCACUGCUGAGCCAGUUAAGGAUCCAGGCCGAGGUACAGGAGGUUGUGUGGGGUGAGGGGGCUGGCUCCGGGGAGACUGAGGAGGAGGAAGGGGACUUUGUGAAUGGUGGGUGGGGUGACGCCGAGGCAGAGGCCCUGGCAUGCAGCGCCAACGCCCUGGUUCAGGCCCAGCAGGGGCGAGGCAGAGGAGGAGGGCCCGGUGGGCCUGAGGGUGGGGAUGUUGAGGAGGGGCUCACCACAGCCCUUACCUUCCUGUACCUGCCUCGGCCGCCCGCUGAUCCUGCCCGCUACACCCGGUACCUGGCGCUGAUGGAGAUUCUGAGCCAUGAUCUGGGCCCCACGCUGCUCAUUCAUGGUGUCACCCCGGUUACUUGCACUGAUCUCUGAUGCUCCAUUCCUGAAGUAGAAGGUGCCCAGGCCUUUGGCCUGCCUUGAUUAGUGGAUGAGGAGGGGCAGGGCCACCACCCUCUUGCGGGGCACAUGGGACGUGGAGCUGAUGGAGGUAUUAGGGGAUCCGGGGCUGGGGCACCCUUCUGUCUCUGGGAGAAGGCCCCAGUGCUCUGAUGCAGGGGGGCCCUCCUCCUGGCCUCUCUCCUUUCACCGGUGCCUUGACGGGGCUGGGUCUCUGUGCUUGUGACUCUAGGCUACCUCAGUCUCCCCCACCCACCAGGCUCACCGCUCCUUGAGGUUGUGAUGUUUUUUUUUUCUGUUUUAUUUUUCUAACUCCUGACCGUGAAUAAAAGACCAAAACACUAA